AUGACUGGAGGCAUCGCUCACUACGGCGUCUGGGUCGGCCAACCCACCCGCUACACCGCGCAAACCCUAGAACAAGACCCCAAAUCACCUCACAUUUACCUCUUCUUCACCGACUCCUCCAACUCCUCCUCCAACAGCAGGGAGCUCCAAGCCGCCAUUAACGUCCGAUCCACCGACACGGAUAGUAGACUCGUCUACUGGCUGACACGCAACUUCUCCAACGCCAUCACCCAACAACUAGACGGUUUCAGCCAAAGCUUCCAUCUGCUUAGUGAUUAUGCUCAUCACUCAAACCGUACUCGCGGCAGCCACCAGGGCCACAAUAACAAUAAUGGCCACUAUCACGAAAGCCAACCGAACAACGAUGCCCAAGUCAACCUACAAGGGUUGGAUUACAUCCGCACCAAGGGUCUAGUAGAUAUCCAAUCUGGCUCUGUCUUACCGACUGAAGCACCGGGUCCCGACAACGAUAUCAUGGAUGAACUCGAGCCCAUCCUCACCAACGCCAUCAACCAACACGCAACCAUCUACAUCUUCGGCUCUUCCUACGGCUCGGGAAUUCACGACAUCCACAUGAACCAGGGAAGUAAAGCCUCCUUCGCGAAUGGAAUAUACGAAGAUGGAGCGUUGCUGUUCAAGUUUGCGGAUGGGCAUUGGGAGGCCGUGUUUUUGGCGUUUGCGUCUCAGAGGAUCCCAACAGAUGAUAAGGGGGAGUAUCAGAGUAAUAGUCAGUCGCUGGCUAGUAUUUUGGGGCAGGCUGAUAGUAGUGAUCAGUAA